AUCCUUAGAAAACCUUAACAAACACUCACCUAAGUCUAAUAUUCUAGUCAUUCUCAUAAUCUUAGCAUGAUGAAGAUGUUUUAUUUCCUUUUCGUAUCUGCUCUCCUUUUCUCCUACUGCUCGGCUGCAGAUUUCUGCGUCGGUGACAUCAAAUCAGCUUUAACUCCAUCCGGAUACCCUUGCAAGCCUGCUGCUAAAGUAACUGUUGAUGAUUUCGUGUUUUCCGGCCUUGGUGUUGCUGGUAACACAAGUAACAUCAUCAGUGCUGCAGUCACUCCAGGAUUCGUCGAGCAAUUCCCUGGCUUAAACGGAUUAGGGAUAUCCUUGGCUAGAUUAGACAUUGCCUCUGGUGGUGUCAUUCCAAUGCACACCCACCCUGGCGCAAAUGAAGUUUUGGUAGUUUUAUCAGGCACAAUCUGUGCUGGUUUUGUUUCAUCUGGGGCAAACAAGGUGUACCUAAAAACACUUACAAAGGGACAGUCAAUGAUUUUCCCACAGGGUUUAUUGCAUUUCCAACUGAACGCUGCUAAAAGUUCCGCCGUAGCUCUUGUGAGUUUCAGCGACCCCGAGCCAGGUCUUCAGAUUACUGAUUUUGCAUUGUUUGCUAAUGACUUGCCCACCGAUUUGGUCGCAAAAACUACUUUCCUUGAUGCAAAAACAAUUAAGACACUCAAGGGUGUUCUUGGUGGUACCAAUUAAUUAAUGAAGGAUCUCGAGUCAAGGUUCGGUGACUGGUUUUAGUGGAUUGUUUGUUCUUUCUUUUUUGUAUCCUUUAGGUUUGCUUCUUACCUAAUAUGCUGCAUUGAGGGUAAUAUCUAUUUAGUAGUACGAGCUAAGAUUCAUCCUUGUACUCUACCAAAACGGUGGUUUGAUUUAUGUGUUGAUUGUAUUGUAAUUUGCUUCUGAUGUAACUUAAGUUAUCAAGUGGUUUGUUCCAUUUUGAUAAUGUGGUUGUUAUCUGUAUUCAGCAUUGCUCAUUCAUCUUCUUAUUUAACCAAUGUAUCGUAUAUUU